AUGAAGCUGACGGACGUGCUUCUCAUCAGGAAAGUUAUACCAUUCAUGCCAUGUGACAGAUGGUUUCGAAGAGACCAGUAUAUGAAGUUUGCGUUUCUUUUCAGAGGUCGAGCAGCCCGUUGUCCCAAACUAGGCACAAAUCGCGUAAUCAAAGCCUUGCAAUAUGUCAAGGACUUGAGGAAGGUACGGAGAGAAGAAAUGAAGUCUUUGUGGAUGAAACGACUGGAAAUAGCCAGCGAACAAUGCGGUCUUCCCAGUGCUAUGGCUCUAUGUGAAGGUCUGGCGCAGUCAAACGUUGCUCUCAAUAAAAAUAUGCUGCAAAUUUUGUCUAUCUAUGAGCCUAGAACGUUUGCAGCUUUGGUGGACUUAUCUAAACAGUAUCAUCUUGAAAAAGGGGUGACCGUUUGUAAUAUGUCACCACCGCAAAAAGUUGUUACUAGAGGUCUACUUACUUCACCUAUUGUUCCUGGAAAUCGAAAGUUAUACGAAUAA